AUGAGGCUACCCACAACGACAAGCUCCUUAUCAAAACCAAGGGGGUAUCAACAAAGGCAAAAUGAUGAACCAUAUGGUCAGGGGUGGAGAACGGAGAAUUUCAAUAGGAAAAAUCCUUAUCAACAACCACCUCCUCAAGAGAAGCCUUCAAAGUUGGAAGAGACAUUGAAUCAAUUCAUGCAAGCUUCAAUGGCAAACAAAAAAAGUAAUGAAGUAACGAUUAAGAAUCUUGAGACUCAAGUGGGGAAAUUAGCUAAGCAAUUAGCGGAAAAGCAAACUGGACCAUCAUUUUCAGCUAAUACUCAACCGAAUCCGAAGGAGCAUUGUAAAUAUGUUGUAACGAGGAGUGGGAGAGUAGUUGAGAGUGAGUUUGAAAAGGAGGUUGAUGACGAGGAGAGGAUUGAAAAAGAAAGUGAGUUCAUGGAUAUAUUUCGACAAUUGCAAAUCAACAUUCCUUUUUCGGAAGCUUUGGAGCAAAUGCCGAAGUAUGCUAAGUUCAUGAAAGAUCUCCUCACUAAGAAGAAAAAAUACACCGAGCCCAAAACUGUCAUCCUUGAUGCGAAGUGUAGUUCAAUUAUUCAAAGUACCUUGCCAAGAAAAGAGAGCGAUCCAAGAAGAGUCACUUUGCCGGUUACCAUCGGUGAUAUUCAUGUUGGAAUAGGUUUUGUUGAUUUGGGUUCUAGUAUUAAUCUCAUUCCAUUGUCCAUUGUGAAGAGAUUAGGCAUUUUUUACUUGAAAGCGACAAGAAUGACAUUACAACUAGCUGAUAAGUCCACAACUCGUCCUUAUGGAGUUGCGGAAGAUUUAAUUGUGAAGGUUGAUAAGUUCUUGUUUCCCGUUGAUUUUGUCGUGAUUGACACGAAGGAGGAUAUUAAUACACAUUUGAUACUUGGAAGACCUUUCAUGAAAACGGCAAGGAUGAUGAUUGAUAUUGACGAUGUCUUGAUGAAGUUGAGAUUCCAAGAUGAAGAAGUUUGUUUUGAUCUCUUCGAAGCUAUGAAACAUCCGAAGGAUAAAGGUGAUUGUUUUAGAAUUGAUUCGACGGAGGAAGUUAUUAUGCAAGUUCAAAGUCAAGUUCAUUUGUUCAACCCUUUCGAGAAAACAUUGACGGAAGCUCUUGAAGUUCUUAAUGAAGAUGAAGAAAACGAGAUUGAAGAAUGUUUGCGAGAUCUUGAUGUAUCCGAAGAGAUUAAUCCUUUUGAGGCGAAGAUGGAAGAGUUGAAAGAUGAGCCAAAGGUUGAUGAUACAAAGUUAGAAUUGAAAAUGCUACCAUCCCACUUGAAAUAUGCUUUUCUUGAAGAAGGUGGGAAGAAACUGGUGAUAAUUAGUGGUUCAUUGUCAAGUAAGGAAGAAGAGAAGUUAAUUCACGUGUUGAAAGAUAACAAGGAAGCAAUAGGAUGGGUUCUUUCCGAUCUAAAAGAGAUUAGUCUAACUUAUUGUAUGCUUAAAAUCAUGGUGGAGGAGGAUUUCAAAUUGGUUGCUCAACCUCAACGUUGUUUGAAUCCUACGAUGAAAUAG